AUGCGACCGCCCUCGCUGCUCUCCCUCACCCUCGACUCCGCGCUCCUCCGCAUCGCCCACAUCGCCGACCUCUCCCACCUCCCCGACCACCUCGUCAUCGACCUCUUCCGUAGAACCCUCAGUGCUGGUAAGCUGACAGAGAAAGUUCUCAAGUUGUUUCUAGCAACCGGCUGUGAGGAGAUCAUCUUGGCUGUUCAGUUGCUCAACAUUAAGCAGCCACUCGUACCAGUCCUUCCCACAAAUAGUGAGGUUGACAUUGUGAUUGCGGCACUCCAGCCCAACCUGACCACUUUCUUUGAGGCAUGGCGGCCAUUUUUCUCUCGUUUCCACAUCAUUGUUAUCAAAGAUCCAGACAUGACAGAGGAUCUUCAAAUCCCUACAGGUUUUGAUCUCAAGGUUUACACCAAGUCAGAUAUUAAUGGGGUGCUUGGUGCCUCAUCCAUAAACUUCUCUGGUCACUCAUGCCGUUACUUUGGGUAUCUUGUCUCACGCAAGAAGUAUGUGAUUUCAAUUGAUGACAAUUGCCUCCCAGCGAAGGACACUGCUGGGUCGACUGUUGAUGUUGUUGCACAGCACAUGGCCAAUCUGAAAACACCUGCUACACCUUUCUUUUUCAACACACUCUAUGAUCCAUACAGGAAAGGUGCUGACUUUGUCCGUGGUUACCCAUUCAGCCUGCGUGAGGGGGUUGAGUGCAUGCUCUCAUGUGGUUUGUGGAUGCAUAAUGCUGACUACGACCCAAUGACUCAUGUUGUGAAGAGAAAUCAACGAAACACAACCUAUGUGGAUGCUGUGAUGACAGUUCCGCUUGGUGCGAUGCUGCCUGUGAGUGGGAUAAAUGUUGCAUUCAACCGUGAUGUGCUGGGGCCUGCUAUGUUCCCAGGCCUGCGUCUCCGAAAUGAAGGGAAGCACAGAUGGGAUACCCUUGAAGACAUAUGGAAUGGCUUAUGUGCUAAAGUAGUUUGCGACAGCUUGGGGUAUGGUGUGAAGACUGGACUGCCUUAUGUGAUGAGAAGUGAUGCAGAAGCAGGUAAAGCUCUGGAGAGCUUGAAAGAUUGGGAAGGCGUAAAAAUCAUGGAUGAUGUUCUUCCAUUCUUCCAGUCGCUCAAGCUAUCGAGGACUGCAGUUACGGUUGACGAUUGUGUUAAGGAGCUAGCUGGAAUUGUCCGUGAGAAGCUAGGACCCAAGAAUGCAAUCUUCACCGAAGCAGCCGAUGCCAUGGUGGAAUGGAACAACCUCUGGAAAGCACAUGGAGCUCAGAAUGCAUAG